AUGUUGGGUUACUUGUCUGUUCUGCCACUCAUCCUAGCUUUGUGGGCUAUCGCUGGCAUCUGGAUUGUUUUCGCGAUUGCUGUGUUUAACGGGACUGUGGACCUGAAGAAAGGGUUCCCCUUUAUCAGUUACUGCGGGUCUUAUGUUCCUCAGAGCUGCGUUUUUGGUCAAGUCCUCAAUACAGGAGCUGCUUUAGCUGUUUGGAUCUGCAUUGUGCGUUAUCACCAACUACGGGACUGGGGUGUCAAAAGGUGGCAAAACCAGCUGAUUCUGUGGUCGGGGAUCCUCUGUGCCCUGGGAACCUCCAUAGUGGGCAACUUCCAGGAGAAGAACCAGAAGGCUGUACACCUGGCAGGGGCCUUUCUGGCUUUCAUCUUGGGCAACCUGUACUUCUGGCUACAGCUGUUUCUGUCCUGCUGGAUGAAGAAGGACCUGCCCCAACCUGGACCCCGCUGGAUCAAUCUUCUGCGCAUGAGCCUCUGCAGCCUAUCCACCAUCCUCAUCGUGGCCAUGAUCAUUCUACACUCCCAACAUCUGCGUUCUGCAUCGGCUAUCUGUGAGUGGGCAGUGGCCAUGUUGCUUUUUUUGCUCUUUGGCCUCUUUGCUGUGGACUUCUCCAGCUUUCGUGGCUGCACUCUGCACUUACAGCCUCGACUGGACCCCAGCCUCCCACAGGUUCCUCCUGUGUCUUCGGAUAUACAGAUGUCUUAAGAUGCUCUGACUAGGCCCUGUGCUGUUGGCAGAGGAAGAGAGACAGGACCAACAGUGAACCGGAGGCUGAGGUGGACAGCCUGAUGGACACACGCAAAGUGGACUUGUGCUCUCUACUUAGAGAGGUGGACUCUUGGCACCCACCCGUCCCCGUGAUCAGAGGCACCCAGGAACUGAGAGGCAAAGGCCAGCCAGGUAUCCCUGAUCAAGGCUAUUUAU